CUCUCUCUUUGUGUACAGUUUGGAUGAGAGGGAAUGGAAGAACAAUCCCAUCAAUCACCAAAAAACUUAGUUGUUCUACCUUUUUUAGAAAACCCCAAACAAAACCAAUAUCCUUUCAACUACACAAAUCCAACCAAAUCCACAAACAACACACCCUUCUUCACAUCUUCUUCCCAAUCUCAUCAAAAAUCCACCUUUUAAUUAACCCUCCUCACCUUCUUCCUUGCAAUCCCCAUAUCACUGCCCUAUAACAACAACAACAACAACGCCCUCAUUUUGUCUCUUCAAAAAUCAGCUGCAAGCAACCGUCUUUAACAAACAAAACCAAACAAGAAAAGGAAAGGAAAUUAGGAUGGACUUCUCCGGGAGUAGCAGCAAUAGCAACAACAACAACAUCGCCAUGAACCACCAGCACUCCGCAACAGCCUCCUCUUCCAGCAGCAGAUAUGAGAAUCAAAAGCGCCGUGACUGGAAAACUUUCGGUCAAUACCUCAACAAUCAUCGCCCACCGCUCGCCCUCUCACGAUGUAGCGGCGCUCAUGUCCUCGAAUUCCUCAGGUACCUAGAUCAAUUUGGAAAGACGAAAGUGCACACACCCAUCUGCCCUUUCUACGGCCUUCCGAACCCUCCCGCACCCUGUCCAUGCCCUCUUCGGCAGGCGUGGGGGAGCCUCGACGCUUUGGUGGGACGCCUUCGAGCCGCUUUUGAAGAGAAUGGAGGGAAGCCUGAAGCCAAUCCAUUUGGGGCUAGAGCUGUGAGGCUGUAUCUUCGUGAGGUUCGUGAUUUGCAGUCAAAGGCCAGAGGGAUCAGCUACGACAAGAAAAGAAAGCGCCCACCAUCUCAACACCCCUUGCCUCCUCCUCACACUGCACCUUCAUGAGAUCAAAUCCAUAUCACAAAAGAACCAAAAUUUCCCCAAUUGGGUAUUGCUCUAAACCUCUUCCAAAAUCAUGCCUUUUAUUUAUCUCUCUUUUUUUCCAUUGCUAAAUCAAAUAAGUUGCGGAUUUUCACUCUCUCUUCUUCGGCUAGGGUUU